CAAUAAACAUAUUUGGGUAUCCUAAGGUUGGAAGUCGGUAUCUCCUUGAAUGUUGGAAACUGAAAAAUACCUAAUCUAUGCCUGUGUGUCAGAACUCAAAACUGCAUCAGGAUCAACCCAUGGAGGUUUGCCUCUAUGCCUCAAUAUUGGAGUCUCAUUAGAAUCUAGCAAAGACGAAUCUAUCUAGCCUGACAUUGACAUUCUAACCCAAAAAUUAGUAGCUGAUUGUUACAGUGCUCAGCUGAUUUUUGUUUAUUUGUAUUUUGUGUGUACCAAUCGAAAAUAAAAAUACGGAAAUUAUUAACUAAAACUGUUUUAUACAAUAAAAUAUAAAUUAUUGAAACUAGUAGCGUUUGCUUCUUUAAGUUGAUUAAUGAAAUAUAAUGACCACAGCUUUGCAACAACAAGUAUUUGCAUUGGAUGCAAGAUACAAUGCACAUAGAGCCACUGGAAGUCCUAAUUUUAGAACUCUUUAUAUCCGUAGACGUAGCCAGCUGUUGCGAGAGACCAACAGAAAUGCUGAUCAAUGGAAACAAUAUCUCAAAACGCGUUCAAAUCUACUGCAGCAACGUUAUGGCAAUUGCAAAUUAGAAUCUGCGUCCUCGUCUAAUUUAUCUCGGACAGUAAGCAGGACUAGCAUUAUGACAGAAUGCCAAAUACCAGUUUCGGCCUCAAGUAACGUUUUCCUGGUACCAACAAAAGAAGCGGAAGCAUCUAGAGCAAUAGUGGGUGGAAACAGCAUUGCUGAAAAUUAUGCUUUUAGUGGAGUACAUCAUAUAUUCGAUCAGCAUUCAGCCGCUGUUACAAUGGUUAAAUUUGCAAACAAUGAUCGAUCCAGGAUAUGUUGUAGUUCACUUGAUUGCAAUUUGUCUGUUUGCGAUGUGGCAUCUGGUCCACCGUGUGUUUUGGCUGUAUUAAAAGGACAUAAACAAGCUAUUCCAGGUUUUGACUGGUCAGCAAACAAUGACUUGAUAGCAAGUGUGUCUUUGGACGCUACAAUAAAACUAUGGAAAUCCAAUGAUUUCACGUGCCUUAGAACUUUAAAGGAACCGAAUAAUGCCCAAAUGUUAUGUUGCAUUUUUCAACCCAGUAACAACAAUUUGAUAUUAGUGGGAAAUAACAGGGGAGAGAUUAGAAUCGUCAAUGUGUCGACUGGUUUGUUUUUGAAGAAUUCUUGCAAAAUGAGCGGAAGUAUUUUGAGUUUAACGUCAGACACAAAUGGGAAAAUUAUUUGGGCUGGCAAUGACCAUGGGGAGAUUGUUGCCAUAUUUUGCGAGUUUAAUGGAGGACUUUAUAAAACCAAAAGGAUAUUAGUAGAUCCUAAUUGUUACAUAACAAGCCUAAGUUAUAGAGCGUGGAUAAGUAGGGAAGCCCGGGAUCCAUUGUUAUUGGUUAAUGCUAGUAAUAACUCAAUGUGUUUGUUUAGUGUUAUUGAUGCUGAAGGUGGGCUACAAUUGAAAAGAAAAUUUCAAAAUAGGCAUAAAAGACACAUUGUUAGAUCAACUUUUUGUCCGAUAAUGUCUUUUAGGCAAGGCGCAUGUGUUGUUACAGGAAGUGAAGAUGGAAGUGUCUAUUUUGUUGACAUCGAAAAAAUUGGCAACAAAGCAGUGGUGAAUACAUUGCAAGGGCACUCCAGAUGUGUUUUGAGCAUAAGUUUUAAUUAUGAUGAGUCUUUAUUGGCAACCAGUGAUUUGGACGGACUUGUGAUUAUUUGGAAACGUGGCAAUAAAGAAUGAAGAAGAAAGAGAUUUGAAUAUUUCCACGUUGUAUACCUAGUUGAAUGAAAAGUAUACAUGGAAUUAGAUACACACUGGGAGCCUCCACACACUGGGAGCCUCCUACUCAUGUAAAAAUUGUGUGUAUGAAAAAUAAUUUUAAGAAAAAAAUAUAUUUUGUGUGAAAUUUAUCGUUAUUGCUUGUUUUGUCAUGUAUCAAUACAUUUGAGUUCUGAUAGUUUAAUACAAUUUUCUUAAAUAUUCUAUGUUUAUUAAAAACAUAAAUAAAAUAUUUGCUUAUUGUGAAUGCAGUUGACAUGUUCUCCUCCUUCUUCUAAUAACAAAAAAAAAACUACCAGCAUUAUUCCAGGAACAACACAUCAUAGUGGAGAAAUAAUACACACAAAUUUUGAAAUUCCUAUUUAAUUUCACACCUUUGAGAAAAUAAUCUAUAUAUCGCUAAGAAAGUAAAUAAUUAAAAAGUAAUUUUCUUACAAAUUGUGUUACAUAGCAAUACUAGGCAAUAUUGAUAAUAAUUUAUUUUAAAAAUGCUCUAUUAUGGUUAAGGUUUCAAUAGAAAAAAUAAUAAACAGUUUAAGUUGAUGUAGGACUACGCGCUGUUACAACAAAUUACAAAGUCUAAAUUCAUUACAUUGAGUCUUAAAAAAUUGUGUGGAUAAAAAAAAAUAACCUUAAAGAUCACAUUUUUCCGAUUUUCUUUUUCAAAUAAUAAUCUGGCCCACAAAAAAAAACUUAUGGAAGAUUAUAUUUGACAUAUGGUACUUCGACGUCUUCACCUUCAGUGUCGUUGCAACACAAUUCAAAGACCAGAGCUUUAACGUGAGGUUCGAUCUUUUUUUUGGACACUCUCCUCACCACUUCGGACAUUGAAAGGCCCAAACGUUCUUGAGCUUUGGCUUUUUGCAUGAAGAAUGAGUAAAGCAUGCAAACGCCUUGCGAAAGCAUUGUGAUUUCCAAAUUAUGUUUAUC